AUGCAAUUUAGUCGAGAUGGAGCUUUAAGAACGCAUGUAAGGGUACACACUGGUGAAAAGCCUUACAAGUGCGAAGUUUGCUUUAAACAAUUUACUAGAGCAAGAACUUUAAAAAUACAUUUCAGAUUUCACACUGGAGAAAAGCCUUAUAAGUGCGAAAUUUGUACUGAGCAAUUUAGUCGGGAUGAAAUUUUAAAAAUUCAUUUAAGGAUACAUACUGCAGAAAAGCCUUAUAAGUGUGAAAUUUGUUCUAAGCACUUUAGACAAGAUGUUCAUUUAAAAAAGCAUUUAAGGGUACAUACUGGAGAAAAGCGUUACAAGUGCGAAAUCUGUUUUAAGCAAUUUAGUGAAGCAGGAACUUUAAAAAGUCAUUUGAGAGUACACACUGGAGAGAAGCCUUACAAGUGCGAAAUUUGUUUUAAGCAAUUUAGUGAAGCAGGAAGUUUUAAACAUCAUUUAAGAAUACACACUGGAGAAAAACCUUAUAAGUGUGAAAUUUGUUCUAAGCACUUUAGACAAGAUGUUCAUUUAAAAAAGCAUUUAAGGGUACAUACUGGAGAAAAGCCUUACAAGUGCGAAAUUUGCUUUAAGCAAUUUAGUGAAGCAGGAUCUUUAAAAAGGCAUUUGAGAGUACACACUGGAGAGAAGCCUUACAAGUGCGAAAUUUGUUUUAAGCAAUUUAGUGAAGCAGGAAGUUUUAAACAUCAUUUAAGAAUACACACUGGAGAAAAACCUUAUAAGUGUGAAAUUUGUUCUAAGCACUUUAGACAAGAUGUUCAUUUAAAAACGCAUUUAAGGGUACAUACUGGAGAAAAGCCUUAUAAGUGCAAAAUUUGCUUUAAGAAAUUUAGUAAAGCAGGAACUUUAAAAAGGAAUUUGAGAAUACACACUGGAGAAAAGCCGUAGAAAUGUUUUGAGUAGUAUACUUUAAGCGCUGGACUCCACUUGCGAUUGUAGUCGCGCGAUUGUUUUGUCACGAAUAUUGAACACAUUGUUUCAAAUACGAGUCAAUCCAUUUGCGACUAAAUAAUCACAGCGAUUAAAAAAAACGCUUUUUACCGCGACACGAUUGCCGCUCGGUCAUAUAUGUACCUAUAAUAGGGCUUUUCAUCGAUUGCCAUUUGUUUCGAGCUUCUGUCAUAAGUUGUAUAAACUGUGUAUAAUAUUAAUAUACACGGAUUAUACGACAUUCGACAGAAGCUCAAAACAAAUUAUUGUAAAUGAAAACCUCUAUAUAUACCAUACUUCUAAUCAGCGGAAGUGACAGUUGAUUCAUAGAAACACUAUAUUGUUAAUAUUUUGUCUAGACUUGUUGGAAGAGUUCAGAUAAAUUCAGCAAUUCUGCAAUUUUAGGAACAAGAUACAAAUGUAUACGAUCUCGCAAAUGAUAUUGUUAAUAUUUUGUCUAGACUUGUUGGAAGAGUUCAGAUAAAUUCAGCAAUUCUGCAAUUUUAGGAACAAGAUACAAAUGUAUACGAUCUCGCAAACGAGACAAAUUUCCGUGAAUUUUUUAAUAAAUGGAUUCAUCGUAUAAAUAAAAAAAAUGUAAUUUUAAUAAUUUUUAUUCCAAAGUUCAUUUUGACUAAAACAAUUGUUCUAUCACUCAGGAGAAAGGCGCAAAAUGUUGCCUGUCAAAAUUUUGAAUGUGUUUUAAAUGUAUUUAUUUUUUCGAAUCCUGAGAAAACUAAUAAGUAUUUUUGAAAAAUUUAAACGCGGAAUGAAAGAUUACGUUAUUACCGAGGGCUGAAAGUCCCUUAGAAUAAAUGAAAAGUUUCUUUUGAAUGAAAUAUUUGCAAUUAAAAGUGUCACUAAAUUUUCCCUUUUAUUUUCACCCCUGUAACUUAUUAAAAUAAAUAUAGAAGUUUUCAGGGACUUUCGACCCUCAGUAAUAAUGUAAUCUUUCAUUCUGCGUUUAAACUUUUCAAAAAUAUUUAUUAGUUUUCUCAGGAUUCGAAAAAAUGGAUACAUUUAAAACACAUUGAACACUUUGACAUGCGACAUUUUGCGCCCAUGCCCUUAAUGCAUGGGCUAUAUUUUUUAUCAUAGACCUUCUGGUGGUAUGCAUUGUCUCCACUUUGUGUCACUAUAUGUUAUUGAUGGACCAACUAUACCCAAUAAUUAAUCAAAACUACUUUUUAACAUGCGGUGGUAUUGAAAAAUUUUUUUAGGAUGUUCACAUAAAUCUUCAAAUAUCAUGUAGAACUGCCCUCUAAUAAUUAAUCUUUUAUUUAAUAACGGAUGAAUCCAAUAACGAUGCUUUCGCCGUUUACUUCUCUCCCGAAGCAAAAGAGCGAUAACACAAGAUGUAAUUCUGCGACUUAAAAAUCGCAAGUGGAGGCUGCCACCAGAUUUUCUGCGACAGCGAUUUUUUAGUCGCCGCCAUUACAAAUCGCAAGUGGAGUCCAGCGCUAAAGCGCCAUAAAAGAAUUUAAACGGGGAAAGAAACCUUGCAUCUACGUCACAUUUUACGUCUGCAAAAUUAUUUCCUAAUUUCGGUUUAAUAAUUUCUUUUAAUUCCUGUUCCGAUAAUUCUAAAUCUAUGACUCUUUUUAUACGUGGGUAAAAAAACAUUGGAAUGUAUGUAUCGUAUUGUUUGUGUCUUUUAAUGACUGUCCUGUUAAUAAUUUAUUUGCGCUUGUAUAAGAAGUUAAUUUAACCUUUAUUUUACUAGCUCCUAUUUACUGAAAUGUUAUCUAUAUCAUGUUUAAUCUAUGGUACAGUAUUUAUUAUUAGUCUAGCCGUAGCUAUUUUAUGUACCUUGUCAAUUUAACUGUUUUGCUUUGAACAUAAACAAAAAAUGGUUCAUUAUCUUUUGAUGAACAUUUGUUUAAUCGUGUGUACCUUUAAAUUUUUUCCAUAAACAGUGUAAGAGACAUGAUCAAUACUUAUCUGUUUAAUACAUGCUGGAAGAUCCGGACGAGGCCCAUCCAUACCCAGAUAGCAAUAUAAACUUGUUUCAAACUUGCAACCAGUUUGAUACAUCAAACUUGAAACCUUGCUCUAAAUUUGCCAUGGCAACUCUGCAAACUUACAGCAAGUUUAAAUCAAACUUUCUAGUUACAGUGUGACGAACUUGCAUGAAGUUUGAUUUUUCAAACUUAAUACAAACUUGAUAUAACAAACUUGCUGAAGGCUUGUUUUGUUUUGUUGUAUGAAGUUUGUUUUUUCAAACUUCAUACAAACUUGCUUAAGGUUUAUUUCGACAUAUUAGCCACAAUUGAAUAAAACAACGUGAAUAAAAAAUACAGUACCAUUUUAUAUAAUUAUUUAUCUAUUAAUCACUCAAAUAAAAUCUAAAAAUACAAUCUAUUGUCUAAAAUCAUUCAUUGGAACCUACAUUAAACCCUCUAGCUUCAGAUUUCGAUGCUCGGUUUUGUCUAUCAUCUCUGAAACAAAGAAAAGAAAUUGAUAUAAACUCUGGCU